ACCGUAGACUCCCACUGAUUCCCAUUGCCACACGUCGCAUCCUCAGAACACCAUGAAUCCCUCAAUACGGCUCUACUGUACUUGGGUGAUCGUGCUGCUACUGGCGAUGGUGGUGGCUGUAGCCGUAGCCCAGCGUGGCGGCGGGGGCGGUUUCGGCGGCGGAAGAGGAGGUCGAGGAGGCGGCAUGAUGGGCGGCAUGGGGCGUGGCAUGGGCCGCGGGAUGGGCGACAUGGGCCGCGGCAUGGGCCGCGGCAUGGGCGGCAUGGGCCGCGGCAUGGGCGGCAUGUUCGGCUGAGGCGGCCGUCUGUCCGGCCUGGUUGCUCUGUAGUCCACCUCGGUGUUCCCUUACAGUAUUUCAUACAGUCCUUACGUAGACCAAGUCAGUGGGAAAUUUCAAUGUUCCCACGUGUCUGCUCUCCUGACUACACAUCGACAGUACCACCGAACGUAGUUUCCUUUCAGACUUUCAAACCUUAUUCAGUAGUUUGUUGUAUCGAAUUUAUGCUCCCACUCUUUGUACAAUGUGUACAUAACAAUAAAUU